CUCGGCGGCGGCGGGGGCGGAGGGGUCGGCGGGGGAGGGGGUGGCCGUGGACUGGCUAUGGUUCUGGAAAACGGCGGCGAUGACGUCAUCGGCGGCGGAGGAGGAGGAGGAGAGGGGCGUGGAGAAGUGGUGCACCGCCAGCGCCGAAUCACCCUGCCAUCGGGUAUCCUGCUCGCCGACGCUAUCCCUCUCGGCGAGCACGAGAAGCAGACAAGGAGCUUGCUCCGGAUUGCUGUAUACAACAUCAGCUACAUCAGAAGCCUAUUCCCUGAGAAGUACUUCAGUGAUAAGUCUGCGCUGGCAGUAGAGAUGAAGCUUAAGAACCUGAUGCAUAUGGAUGCUGACCCCAAGAGACUGAUUCAUUGGAUGAAGAAAGUCUCACUCAGCUAUCCCAACUCAAAUGGGGAGGAAGUUGCAAUGAACAUGAGUCGCACAGGGAGCAAAAAGAAUAGUGCCACAUUCAAGUCAAAUGCAGCAGAAGUCACUCCUGAUCAGAUGAGAACGCUGGUGAGAACCUUGGACAGCAUGACAGAAAAGGAAAUGGUGGAAGAUGUUUUGGAGAAGCUGCUGAAUGAUGAUCUACUCUCCAGGGCAAGCAAGGAUGGUUAUGCUGCUAUCAAGAUUUCUGAUCCCGGAACAGCCUACAUGAAGGCAGAGGUCACCAUGCACAAUGUUUCACCUACCGACGGAGCCAAAAUCGGCAGUGGAUAUCUGAAGUGUAUGAAGGUCAAGGAACCGAUCCUCCAGUAUCAAGCCCCACAGGUCCCAGUCCACUGAGGGCGGCGGAACAGCACUAGUGCAGGACGACUAACCCCGUAGGCCAGGUGAAGAAGCAGAGACGCACAUAGUACAGUCAGUCCCUUCAGGUGCUUGAAACUUGUGAAGGUGCAACUGGGCAAGGUACAUGAGCAACAGGGCAAGUCCAGAUCAGAAAAUGAUGGAACUGUGCAAUGAAGCGAGUUGACUGGAGUAGAGGACUCCCAAGCAAAUUUCAUCUCUUCUGAGAUUAGACAGCCAGCAAUGUGUUUGGUUCUCCCAAUCUCUUUUGCCCAUAUUUCUGCUGGUAAAAACAAGACAUGGAAUCUGGAGGCAGACCAUGAGGUAAGAUAGAUGUCACUCUUGUAAGUAUGCUACAUUCGCCUGCUCUUUUCUCCCCAUUUUCCUAUUUCUACUUCCGAACCAUGGCAAAUAGUAAUAAAUAACUAGUCAUCGAUUUAGGCAUUUAGCGCAAGGUACAUUUGUUUGUAUUGGUAAAAUGGUCAUUCCAGAAUCCCUCGCUUGAAAGUGGACUCCUUAGCCUCAGUUCAGUUGCAGCGUUAAUGCUUUGUACAUAUGCACUCGGAGAUUAAGGCAUUUGAAAUUAACUCAUCAAGAUAUCCACUAACAGAAACUCCAGAUUUGCAUAUAGUUUAUGAUGUAUUGAUUUAGAAAUAGAGAGAAUGCAUUUAAGAUGUCCCUGAACGUUUGUGAUGUGGAUCCAAGUUGUGGUGAGCUGCAUCCGGUCAACGUGCUGUGGGAGGAGGUAUGUGCAUGCUGCUUCGUGCCAUUUUACUACAUGCCAUCCAGCUUUUGUUCAUCUUCUUUCUAAGGUUAUUAAAUUCAUAUAGGUAGGCAUAGGAAUUGGUUCAGGUGGUUUAUGUUAAAUUGUUUAAGUUGGUUCAGGCUAAAUUAUAAAAAAAAUGGUGUACCGUUUCUCAACAUGGUGAAUGAGCUGCAGUUCGGUUGCAUAUGUGCAGUUGUGAGUAAACUUUGUCAUUCUACUGGAUUAGGUGGUAUAGGUGGUGAUGGAAGUUAAUCUGCUAAGCUGGUUCUAGAGUACUUGGCCUAGGUUAUUUAGACAAGUUCGCCGUUUAUUCUGGGAUACAUCAGUCGACUGAACGGCAAAAACUCCAAUUGUUAUUUUUAGGUCUUUAAAGAUUACCAUUUGACGUAGUGGUCUACAGAUGUUACAUUUGGAAGGUUAUUUUGCAUAAUUCCAUUGACGGCUAGAGAUGUUGUGUUUAGGUUGACGCCACUGCAAGUUGAUGAUGCCUGCUGUCAAAGCGGCGACAGGAAGUGGAGAGUGAAAAACAUAAAUAAAUAAAGUAGUAGAGAGUAAGAUGUCCGAUUCUAAUCCUUUCAAUUGAUGUUUCUUUCUGUCAUUUUUUCCGUUUGUGCUUCCAGUGACCCCCGGUUAAGAAGUUAUAGAAUUGAUAACAACUGAAGAUGUUUUGGCAGGAAACAAGCUGGUUAGCAGAAUCAUGCAACGCAUGAAAUGAUUGCCUAAGCAUUAAGAAUCAGACCAGAUUUAAUUACUACACAAAUUCCACAUAUCUUGGUUAUGUUUGUUAUUGAUCUAAUAAAUGUGGUCACCCGCAUAUGAGUAUUUCUCAAGGGAAGGAGAUGAUAAACUGGUUUUGCCAAGUUGACCAAAAGCUGCAUAUGAAGAAACAACAGGGUGUGAGUGUGAUGCUCAAACUAGGUAUUUCAUGUUUGAUUCUCUUUCCUGGCCAUUCGUUUUUGAGUUCUUUUGUUUUUUCGAGAACACCUCGAGAGGGGCAGGGGGUUCCUGCAUUUCAUUAAGAAGAGAGUUGAUCUAGUUUAUAAGAAAAACCGGACCCAAAAACCUAACAUUCUCGGCUAAUUAGGGAAAACCGAAUGAAAACCCAAAAAAGAAAGAAAAAAGAAAACGAGAAAAAGAGGCACUAGAACUUGGGGAUAUGGACAAGACAAAAGCAGCAUCAAGGGACACUAAAAGCAUCAGGUUUUGAGGUUCUUCGCCACAAGAGUUUUAGCACCAUAUGGCUCUGAUGGAUCAGCCUGUUGCUUUCCUCCGCUAGCCUGCUGUGUGUGAGGCAACUUUUGAAUAUGUUUGGGGAAGCAUCAGGUCUGCGGAUCAACUGUACAAAAUCUUGGGCCAUUGUGACCAGAGGGGAUCACCGUGACCAUGAUGAGGAGAGAAUCGCUCCUAUCCUACAGCGUUCCAUUGGCGCUUUUCCCUGCAAGUAUUUGGGGCUUCAGUUAUCUAUUUUAUCUCUCACUAAAGCCGAAUGGCAGCCUACCCUGGAUUCCAUUAGGGCCUGCGCCCCAGCAUGGCAACGAGGCCUCAUAAACAGAGCCGGCAGACUGGUCCUUGUGGAUUCAGUCCCAUCUGCUCGACCCGCUCAUCAUCUGCUGAUUUCUGAAGCUCCGAAGUGGACAAUUCUUCAACUUGAAAAGUGGCUGCGUGCUUUCUUUUGGGCAGGGACGGAGAUAGUGCAAGGAGACAAAUGCUUGGUUUCUUUUGGAUGAGCUCUCUAGUGCUUGGACUGCCGCCAAUCUCUAGUGCUUGAAAAGUGUCGAGCGUCAGAGCGCCCGGUGGGAGAGGAGGGGAAAUUCUGCUGUGCACGGUCUACAAGCUUUUGUGUCAGGGGACUACUAGGUUCAAUGGAUCUUACUGUGUUUGGACAAGCUGGGCGCCGCUGAGUUGCAAAGUUUUCAUCUGGUUCGCUCUCCAAUACAGGAUCUGGACCUCGGACCGUCGGAGUGAGACAUGGCCUGCAAGAUGACUUCUCUGCCUUCAGAAUGAAUUCAAGCACUGGAAAGCUGCAGGAGCUAAUAAGGGGACUGCCAUUGUCGAGUGUAGUUAGCCUAGGUUUUUCCAGGAGGUGUGGAGUUCAACUCUAUCUUAUCGCCUGGCUAUCUGAUACAGUCCUUGUAUAAACAUGUUGCUUCCCUUCUAUCUAUAAUGAAGAUAGGUACGCCAUUGGCAUACUCUUAAGAAAAAGGUAAUCUAGUUUCGUAUGUAUGCUAAUUUUGGUGGUCCUGUUUCGUUUUGUCAGGUACUCAUCUUGUGUAUUGCUCUGUAUAUCUUAUUUCUUUGGCUUCCUUUGGACCUACGUAGUGUUGCGUCGUCAGUGAACAGAGUUAGCCUAUUCGCAAAAAGAAAAAGAAAAAGAAAGAAAAAGCGAACAGAGUUAGUCCAGUUUUCUUAUAUUUAUUUUGCAGGUGCCUCGAUAACCAACUUUCUUUUUUUGAACCGGAACACCUUGUAUUCCUCUGUAUCUUAUUUCUUUGGCUUCCUUUGGACUUAUGUAGUAGUGUUGGACUGUUGUAUCGUUUAGAUGUUCCCUCUCCGUGAAUGAAACGGUCUCGGACG